AUGGCUUGUGCGCGUACCGUCUUCUUCAUCCCGGGCUACCGUGUCGUGGCCCCCAUCCACCUCGCCAGCUACUUUGUCAAGCUGGUGCUUUUGGCCUUGGAAACAACUGAAAAGCGAAGGCUGCUUAUGCUGCAAUGGAGAAACACGUCGCCCGAAGCCGCGGCCUCGUUCUACAGCAGAGUGCUAUUCGUCUGGCUAAACAGGUUAUUUUUCAAGGGAUACAAAACGCUACUGACUGUGGACACUUUGACGCCACUUGACCAAGAUAUUCUCGAUGCCUCUCGACCUACUAAGUUGCAGGAAAGAUGGGCAAAAGUAAAGAGAGUACUAGAUUUCACUGUGGAACCGGACGGUCCCAAUACAAGAAACUUUGGCUACGGUCUCAUUGGGGCGUAUGCUCUUGUUCACAUUGGUAAAGCACUGUCGCUGGCCUGGUACGAACACAUGACAUAUCGUGUCUUGACAAUGUUCCGCGGCAGUUUAAUCACUAUUAUUUUCGGCAAAACUCUUCGCCUUGACGCCAGUGCCGUUCACGAUGCCGAGGCCAUUACAUUGAUGAGCGCUGAUAUUGACCGUAUUGGUCUCUUAUGUCUUUCUAUUGGUAUUCCUAUUGCCUCUGCAGCCGGAAACGCCCAAGUACCAUGGCUUGAGGCUAUUGAAAAACGCUUGGCUGUAACAUCCAAGAUGUUGGGAACAAUGAAGGCCAUCAGAAUGGCUGGUUUGACAAGCACCAUUCACACAAUUGUGUCGAGUCUCAGAAUCAAAGAAAUCCGGUCCUCACGUGCUUUUCGUCUCCUGUCCGUGUUACAGACCGGCGCUGCGAACUGUACAUUUACUUUUGCCCCCGUCUUGGGUCUUGGGUCUUAUAUCAUCUUGGCAAAAGUCAAUAAUACAGAGACCUUGACGGAGGGUGUUGCUUUUGCAAUUUUGAGUCUGUUCCAGCUGCAAGAUAGGCCCGUCAUGUCCUUGCUGCAUGGCUUCGAGGACUUUCAAACCAUCUUCAAUGCGUUUUAUCGUGUGCAAACCUAUAUCUUGUCCGCUGAGAGGGAAGACUUUAGAGUCAUUCCAGCUCUUCAACAGUCUGGCACGCCAUCUGAUGAAAAUCUACCGCAAAAAUCUUACUCAACAGUGCCUCGGAAUGGUAUCCCAAGGGGACCUGGGAGCCUCGAUACUUCUACUUUCAGUGCCGGCGGCAGCGCUGUUAGCUUGAAGGACGCCGCGGCGGGGUAUUCUGAAAAAACGAUUGUCAAGGACAUAAAUCUCGAAAUUACUCGCGGCAAGACAACCAUGAUUGUUGGGCCUGUUGGCUCUGGUAAAUCAACAUUGCUGCGGCUUAUCUUGGGUGAAUUGCCCGAGAUUUCUGGUUCCGUUAUCUCUGCUUAUUCUAAAUGCGCAUUCGCUCCCCAGUCGCCGUGGAUCACCUGGGGCACGGUGCAAAGCAACAUUUUAGGAAUGUCUGCUUGGGACACGGAGUGGUAUAAUACCGUUAUUCGCGCGUGUUCGCUAGAAACUGACUUUGAAGACUUGCCAGAUGGGGACCAAACAAGAACUGGUACGCGAGGCUCGCGUCUAAGUGGCGGCCAGCAAAUGCGUGUGUCGUUGGCUCGGGCUUUAUACUCCAGGAACCCACUUAUCAUCUUGGACGAUGUCCUCACAGGACUUGAUCGGAAGACUGAAGCCAGCAUUCUGGAGGCUGUCUUUGAUGCCGGUGGUAUUCUCAAGAAGACCAAAUCAACUGUCGUUCUUGCCACAAACUCAGUUGGCCAUCUUCGUUUUGCCGACCACAUCGUGGUCCUCAACAAGGAAGGUAGCAUCGCUGAGCAAGGUACUCUUGAGCAAGUUUCCGCGUCUGGCGGCUAUGUGCAGCGACUUGCAAGUCUGCCCGCCGUUGAGACGUCGCGACAGGAGUUGUUGGAGUUGCCGGAAGAAAUCUACCAGGAACUUGGUCUCUCCAAUGAGGAAGACGAGCUGGGGUCUGCGCGCAAAACAAGCGAUUUGCAGGUUUAUGCGUAUUACAUCAAAGUUGCUGGUGUAUGGACCUUUUCGAUUUAUACAUUCAUCUGCGCAGCUUACACCUUUGGGCUCAGCUUCCCUUCAAUAUGGUUGCAAUGGUGGACCGACUACAACGCCAAGCACCCAAAUGAAAACAUUGGCUACUGGCUGGGUGUGUACUUUGGUCUCGCGGCUCUGGCGGUUGUAGGUUGCAUGGGAUCUGACUGGGCUUUCCGUAUGAUGUUGGUUCCGAAAACGUCACGCAAAUUCCACCAGCUUUUGCUUGAUACAACCAUGCACGCAACAACGUCUUUUCUCACAUCGACCAACGCUGGAUUAACUACAAACAGGUUCAGUCAAGACUUACAGCUGAUUGACAGCGAUCUUCCGCAAUCUCUUGACGAGACCGUUAUGAAUUUUCUUGGCGUCAUCACCUCGGCCGUGCUGGUGUUCACCGGCUCGGGAUACGUUUCUGCUUCCAUCCCCGUUUGUGCAGCCCUCAUCUUCCUUAUUCAGAUGUUUUAUCUACGAACUUCGCGCCAGCUGCGACUGCUUGAUAUUGAAACCAAAGCGCCGCUAUUUUCUCACUUUAUUGAGACUUUGGGGGGCAUCACUUGCAUCCGUGCAUAUGGAUGGUCUGCAGAGUACAUGGAUCAGAGCUACGAGGCUCUUGACACCUCGCAGAAGCCAUACUACCUGCUAUGGUGCAUUCAGAGAUGGCUUACCCUGGUUCUGGAUCUGCUGGCAGCUGGCAUUGCCGUAAUGCUGGUUGCAUUCGCAACAAUGGUCCACAACGGAUCAACUGGGUUGCUGGGUGUGGCUCUUUUCAACGUCAUCAGUUUCAGCGGCGUUCUCCAGAGCUUUGUCACACAAUGGACCCAAUUGGAGACGGGCCUCGGUGCGAUUGGCCGCAUAAAAGCCUUUGUUCAGGAUACCAAGCCGGAGAAUUUGGAUGGAGAGGCGGAUGACUUGCCAGACAAUUGGCCGUCAGCCGGCUCCAUUAUUUUUGACAAUGUUUCAGCCUCGUACGAGGCAUCUGCUAAGCCUGCCAUAGAUGGAUUCAAUCUAGCAAUCAAACCGGGAGAAAAGAUUGCCCUGUGCGGACGAACAGGAAGUGGCAAAUCAUCGCUUCUGUUGACGAUUCUCCGCAUGCUUGAGCUGGAUGCAGGUAGCAUCACGAUUGACGGAUACGAUACUAGAAAGAUAUCGCGCGAAGAACUGCGACGGCGCCUCAACACACUGCCCCAGGAACCGUUCUUCCUGCACGGAAGUGUUCGUGAGAACGUUGACCCGCUGCACAUCUCUACUGAUGAGCGCAUCAUUGAAACACUGCGUGCUGUUCAACUUUGGGACAUGCUGGACAGUCGCGGCGGACUCGACGCGCCAGUGAGCGAGGACUCUCUGUCUCACGGUCAGCGGCAGCUAUUCUGUCUCGCCCGCGCGAUUGCGCGCCCAGGCAACAUUGUCAUAUUCGACGAGGCAACAAGCAGGUAUGAAUCCAAGGAUGCAGCCAAUGUCUGGCUAUCCACAGAAUUGGGAAUUGCUAACAGUCUGGGCAGUGUUGAUUCGGAAACAGACGAACUCAUGCAGCGGGUGCUGCGACAGGAGCUUCAAGGACGCACCCUGAUAGCCGUUGCCCACAAGCUACACACCGUGAUGGACUUUGAUCGAAUCGUAUUGAUGAGCAAGGGGAAAGUGGUUGAAUCUGGAAACCCACAGGAACUUCUGGCGAACUCAAUGUCGGCAUUCUACAAGCUAUACACGAGUGGAGGCAGCGCUGCCGAGUAA